AUGGCCCCUCGCUAUCUGAGGGAAGAUGGACAUGUCAUUCCAAACGCUCUUCCCUCCGAAGUCCGACAUGCCAUCAUGUUGCUGAAGAAUCGUACUUCACCCGGUCUCGACAGAAUCAAGCCUGAGCAUUUGAAGUACCUACCGCCAGUCCUCAUCACACACUGGCGAAGCUCUUCACUCGAUAUCUUUCGGAAUGCAAAGUUCCUAAACAAUGGAAAACCAGCAAGACCCUGCUGUUUUAUAAGAGGGGAGACCCACGAGACAUCGGCAACUGUCGUCCAAUCUGGUUACUGUCUGUAA